AUGAAAACUACUUCCAUUAUUGCAGUAUCCGCCAUUUUAGGUUCCGGUAUCUUGUCUGGUGUUCAUGCCAAGAAAGAGAAAAAACAUAAAAAGUACGAAGAAGAACAUGAAGAACGAGGAAGAGGAGGAGAAGAAGAUCCAGGCGUAUUCACAAGGACAGUAACAAGGACUGUCCAUGUUACUCGGACUCAAACUGAAAUUGUAUAUCCUACUCCUAAUGAAUGGCUCUGGAAGCACUUGCCUGGUAAUCCUGACUAUAUUCCAGGUAGUGAUGUAGUUGUUGCAGAAUUUGAAGUGGACAAGCAUCAUAAGAAACAUCAUGAUGAUGAUGAUGAUGAUGAUGAUCAUGACGAUGAUUACCAUCAUCAUCAUGGAUACAAGGCCAAAGGAGCUUGGAUAGAAGGUGGAGAUCAAGCGAUCCCCAUCAUCCCUGAAGAUGAAAUUCCUCCCAGUGCCACGACGGUCUUUGCUCCUGAAGAGAACGGAGAAGUGGUUGUCAACAGUUCAGGAUGGACUGGUCAUCAUUACAAGAAGAAGGGUAAAGGUCACAAGCACAAGGGUCAUGAUGACGACGAUGAUGAUGAUGAUGAUGAUGAUGAUGACGAUGAUGAUGAUCAUGAUGAUCAUGAUGGUCAUGAUGGUCAUGAUGGUCAUGAUGACCAUAAAGAUAAGAAAUCUCAUCAUAAGGGUGGUAAUGGUGGUGGUAACUCCAAGAAGGAUGAUUGGAAGAAGAAGUCGGAUGGAUACAAGAUCAAAGAAGUUGAAGGUCUGGCUGCCCAAAACGCCUCAUCUUCCAGUAGUGCUGCUAUUGAUGCCACUUCUGUAGCUGGUGGUGUAGCUGAAAAUGCUGCUUCUACCGCCUCUGCUCCCUCCACUCAAAAAUCAUCCAGUGCUUCAUCUUCCCCUUCUGCCGGAAAGGUCGCUGCUGCUUCUUCCUCUGUUGCUGCUUCAUCAUCACGCAAACCUUCCACUUCUCCUUCCGUCACUGCCGCCAAUGGUUCCUCUAAUACCUUCAAGGUCACCACUUCCUUGGUGGCUGCUAUGGCUGCUGCUGCUGCCUGGUGCCUUGCUUAA